CCGACGCAACGGCUGGUCGACCUCAUGGACGACCUCUUCGAGGCCGACGAUACGCUGCCUGACCGUGACGAGCUGAGCGGCGCAGGAUCGCAGGUUGUGCUGCCGGGCGUGUGCGAGCAGUACUUCGACGUUCUCGGCGGCGUCGCUGUGCCUAAAAGCAGCGUGCUGCGCGACAUUCUGCGCGCAGCUGCGCAGAGCGCCCGUGCCAGCGCGCCCAUCGUGCCUGGAGCGCCGUUGCGGCUCGCCGACAUCGACCCGCAGCGCCUUGCACGUCUCCUGCGCAUCAUCGAGCGCGGCAUCCGCACGGCCGAAAGCGUCGAAGUGCUGCCUCCGGCUGCCGCAGCUGCCACGAGCGCUGCUCCGGCCAAGAAGCCCAGCAAGGCCAAGUCGGCGGCAGCUGCGCGCAGGGCAGCUCAGCAGGAGCAGGCGGCAGAGCAGGCUGCCUCUAAGGCCAGCCCAGGAGACGACGGCCUGAACACGCCGCCGCUGGAAGAGAAUCCGGACGUGCAGCAGCUCUCGCUGAGUGUGCGCAUGAACCUGGUGACGUACAGCGUGCUCGCGGCCGAGUGCUGCCUCGCCAUUCUCUCGGGCGAGGAUCUGCCGAAGCACCUCAUCUCAGAAGACCUCAUCCGCCCGUGCGUCGAGUCCAUCAAGCUCGCGCUCGACCGCGUCAUACUGCCGUUUGUCGAAGCGUGCGGCGGCGCCAUGGGCGUGCAUCCGCUGCUCGAGCGCCUGCGCGAGGAGGACGCGCGGCGCUCGCAAGGCACGCGUGCUUGCUCAGACGCGCUUGCCCGCAUGUUCCGCGAGACUGGCGAUGCGCUGCGCCAGGUGCAGCGGCUCGUCAACCUUCGCUCGGUGACGCUCUCCGAGGCCAUCGUGAUCAGCGCGGUGUACGCGGCCGUGCAGCCCUUCUUCGUCAACGAGCCGGAUCCCGGCGGUGCAAGCGAGGGCAAGACGGACGCCGCCAAGGCUGCGGCGCGCGGCCGCAUUGCGAUCAGUGCUCUCGGCGGCGGCACUGCGGCGAUGAAGAGCCUCCGUCUGCCGUGCCUCAAUCUGCUGCGCAGUAUCUUCGCGCGGCACGCCGAUCUGCGCAACUGGAUCAUCGAGGAGAUCCUCACGAAUCUCAUCAAGCUGCCCGACAUGAAGAAGAAUCGCCGGCAGUACAGCCUGCGCACCGGCCGGCACAUUCACUCGGUCACGGCGCUGCUGCUGCAGCUCGUUCAGGCAUCGUCGGACGGCGCUGCCGUUGCCAGGGCAGGCGCAGUAUACGGCACCGCCGAUGCAGCGGGCGAGACUCAGCGCGACGUCGCAGACGGUGAUGCAGAGGACGAGUCCAGCUUUGAGCUGGCGGGCUGGGCGCGCUCGCUGGAGGGCCCGAAGGUCGCGUCGCGGGACAUUGCUUCGUACUUGAUGCAGCGCGCCGGCGGCAAGGUUGUCAAGGCCUCGGCCGAGAACAGCUACGUGGCGAUUGUGGACAACCUCGUCGGCGACCUCUUGGCCACACUAUUCCUGCCAGAGUGGCCUGCCGCCGCGCUGCUGCUGACGGAGCUCUGCCGUGCCUUCGCGAGCACUCUUGAGGACCCCAAGUCGUCGCCCGAUGCACGCGGCGUCGCUCUCGAGCACCUUGGACCCAUCGCAGCGCGGCUGCGCGAGGGCCAGCUUCGCUGCAUGCACCUGCGUCUCGGCAGCGCCAAGGAGCUCAACGGCGUCGAUGCGCCUAAGCUCUCGCAGGUGUCAACGCAUGCGAUUCUCGACAUCGAGAUGCAUCGCGACCUCACCCGCCUCGAUGCAUUCAACGUGGCGUACAAGUCCAUUCUCGAGCACCUCGACGCGUCCGAGAAGGACGACCAGACGGCCGAGACGGCCAGCGACUUCCUGGCGUCACAGUGGGGCUGCGAGCUGGCCGCGGCACUUGUGCGCACAAUCUCGGCGCUCGACGCGCUAGAGGAAGACGACGCCAACACGGCCGGCCAGGCGGAACAGCUCAAGAGCUUCGUUGCCGCGCUCGGCCGGUCGCUCUCUCAAGCGGCUCGCAGGGCAGCGCAGAAGGGCGGCACGACGUCUGCCAACGUCUUCGAGAUGCGCUCCGAGGACGACUACCGCAUCGUGACGGGUGUGGCGGAGGAGCUCGUGUCUUCGAGCGCGUUCAUGGUCACGUACGACUUCCUGCUGAGCCAGCUGCUUCUCUCGCUCGACGGACAGGCGGUCGGCAACCGCACGCGCGCACUGCGUGGGCUCGGCCGCGUCAGCACCGUCGACGAGGCACUGCUCGACAGCGCUGUGGCCCGUGAGGCGGUCGAGACACGCCUGUCCGACGAGAGCGCAAGUGUGCGCGAGACGACGCUCGGCCUGCUCGCCCGCUUCGCCCUGCGCGCGCCCGAGCGCCUCGAGCAGCUCUAUACGCUGCUCAGCGAGCGCAUCAACGACUCCGGCCUCGCCGUGCGCAAGCGCGCGCUGCGCUUCCUCGCGAACGCCUACGCGCUGACCAAGUCGGAGGCGACGCGCGUCGACGCGUGCGUGCGCAUCGUGCGCUGCGUCUUCGACGAGGACGUGGGCAUGCAAGACCUCGCCGUGGGCACGAUCGGGGCCAUGUGGCUCGACCUCGCGGCGCCGACGGAGAACAAGGUCGGCCGGCCGGCCAAGACGUCGGCCAAGAUCGAGGACAAGGUGUCGACGCUCAUUGCCGUGGCCAAUGCCAUUCGCGAGCGCCCGUCGCCGCUCGAGGCGGUGCUGGAGCGCGUCAUGCAGCGCUGCGAGCCUGCAGAGAUGCCCGUGCUCCUCGGCCGCCUGCGCAACCUCAGCGACGCGAUGAUCGACAGUCUCGUCGACGCGCAGGACCUGCCCUCGUCGUCGCUCGUCGACCGCAUCCGUACCGUGUAUCUGCUCGUCUCGACGAACCCGUCGGUGAUCUCCAUCGCCAAGGCCAAGGCGCUGCUGCCCUUUCUCAAGGGCGCGCAGACGAGCGACGACUAUCUCAUUCUCGAGCUGCUGCUCAAGAUCUUCCGCGCCUCUCUGCCGUCGCUGCCCAAGACGGCGUCGACGUUCGCAGAGGCUCUCGAGCGCGCCCUCACGCCGCUGGUCAGCAAGCCGCCGAACCGCCCGGCAGCGCCAGUGCUCCAGGAGCUCAUUGCGUGCUACUGCACGGUUAUCAACACGUCGACUCACCGCUUCCCGCUGCUGAUCAAGACGCUCACGUUCUGCAUGAACAGCCUGCGUAGGCUGCGCAAGCGGCUCGGCGACGCCACGAGCGCGCCGAUGAGCACCAAGGAGGAGACGGCUCCGCGUGUGCUCAUGUCGAUGCUGGCGCUGCUCUGCGAGCACGCCGACUUUGACAAGAUGCGCAGCCAGCAUCCCGACCACGCUGCGUCCUUGAAUGCGAUCACGCAGAGCUCGAUCAGCGAGGACGUCUUCAUGCUCAUGCUCGGCCUGUACGAGCUGGCACCGACGCCGACGUUCGGCGACACUGCGAUGCGCAGCCUGGGCUUCAUCUUCCGCGCCUACCCAUCAUUCACGCAGCGCCCGCGCAUGGCGACUGUCAUCCAGCGAACGCUGUCGAAGGGCAGCGUGCCGGAGCGCGAGCUUGUCCUUAAGAUCAUCCUCGAGCUGCUCGCAACGGAGCAGAAGCGCGCCGCGCCCGAGGUGAUGAAGCGCAAGCCCGGCACGACGAUUGCCGUCAAGGCGGCGCCGUCGCCGCAGAAGAAGGUCGACAUGAGCGAGCUCGUCGGCAACACCGAGACGUUUGCCGACUCGGGCGUCAGUGCCGCGCUGAUCCAGUCGUACCUCGACCUGAUCCUGCGUGCCUCGCGCGAGAUCGAGCAUGCGUUCCUGCAGCGCGCCGCGAUGGAGAUUCUCAAGUUUACCGUGCAGCAGGGCCUCUCGCACCCGCUGCAGUGCGUGCCGACGCUGAUCGCGCUCGAAACCGUGGCCGACGAGACGAUCGCGUCCAAGGCGCUCUACCUACACGACUACCUUGCGUCGAAGCACGCCUCGAUCCUGGCAGCGCGCUACCUCGACUUCACGCGCGCGUCGUUUGACUUUCAGCGGGUCGUCUGCACGGGCCCGGUCCGCGGCUACCGCACUGCGGCGACGAGCGGAGCGCCGACGGCGCUGCUGCGGCACUGGUACACGCUCGUGCGCGACAAGCGCAACACGCGCCUCGACUUUCUCAAGGCGAUCACGCGCGGCCUCGACGUCAACACGGCGUCGGGCAAGUGCACGGAGCUGCACGUCACGUUUGCGCGCUACAUCGCCGACAAUCUUGCGGUGCUCGAGUACAAGACGCUCGAGGAGGUGUUUGUCGUGCUGGCGCAGCUGCGCACUAUGCUCGGCGUCACGGGCAUGAUGGUGCUGCAGUACGUCGAGGACGAGCUGGCCGCCGAUGCGGGCGACAGCGACGACGAGGGCGAGCAGAGCGACGAAGAGGCCGCUGCGCCGGAGCAGGACUCGAUGCUGGACAAGAUGGUGAGCCAGCAGCAGUGGCCCAUGUUCAGCACCGCACGCGCCGCGCUGGUCAUGGGCACCUGCAUCGUGCUGCGCAACCACCUCAAGGCCGUGUACGGCAUCUCCGAGGCCAAGAUCCGCAAGUGGCAGCCGGGCAAGCGCCAGUCGUCGGGCGCCGACCGGCCGGCCGCGCGCCGCCUCGAGGGCCCGUCGCUGUGCCUCUCCUAUGCGGCGCUGCACCAGGCGCUCGAGGCGCCGGCGACGCGCGACAAGGGCACGGCGCGCCUGCAGAUGGCCGCCUUUGAAGAGCUCAUCCGCGCCGAGGAGCUCGACGACGCGAUGGACGACGAGGACGAGUAA